AUGAACGAUCAAAAUGAUUAUUUGAAAGACAUUCAUGCAAAUUUAAAAAGUAUCAAGUGUAUUUAGGGAUCAAACAUCUUCUAUAAAUAUUAAAUAAAAGAAUUGUUAGGAAAUGGGUAAAAUAGAGUCUAUCUUGGAUAGGAUCUUUUUGGAAGAUAAGUGGCUAUAAAAGAAGUAAUAUAAAAUUAGAUUGUUAGCAUCACGAUGCAAAUGCUAUGAAAAAAGAAGUUUAAUUAUUAGAAUAACUAAAUCAUCCAAAUAUAGUCUAAUAUUUAGACUCAUGCAUUUUAUUACAUUCAAACAAUUAAUAUCAUUAAGAAUAGAAUGGAUACAUAUGUAUGGAACUAGGUAAGUUUGAUUUAGAUACUUAUAAAAAAAAAAAGUAUCCUAUUGGUAAAGAAUUAAUAGAUUAGACAUUAAGCGCAUUAGCAUAUUUAUAGCGAAAUAAAAUUGCUCAUUGUGAUAUAAAACCAGCAAAUAUUCUAGUUAUGUAAAGAGAUCCAAUAGUAUAUAAAAUAUGUGAUGUUGCAUAAAGCAAACGAUAAGAAUCCGAGUUUCUUUAGGCUGGGGUAAUAUAUGAAUUAAUUUAGACUUAUAAAUAUAUGUCACCAGAAAUGUUAAACAACAAUGCAAAAAAUUAUUAUUUGUCUGAUGUUUUUUCUUUAGGACUAUUGUUUUUAUAUGUUUUUAGAGAUUUUAGUAUAUCUUGGAUGUAAAGGAAAAAUCUCACAGAUAUAGAAUUUAUUGAAUAAUUAAUAAAUAAAAUAGAUGAAAAUGAUGAUGAAAUUUCAAGGCUAUUAAAAUAAAUGAUUUAAUUGAACCCUGAAGAUCGUUUAGAUUUUAUUAAACUUGAAGAAUAUUGGCAUUAAUAAUAAUAAAAAGAAGAAAAAUAAGAAUUUAAUUUGACUUAAACUAGACAAUUAAGAGCAUAAUCAAAUUUCUUUUCUAUUUAAGAGGAUUAAUAUUAUGCAACAGGCAAAUUCUUUAGAUAACCUUAAAAUUCAAAAUCUAAAGGAUCGAGAAAAUAAUUACUCUAACAAUUUUAAAGUAUUUCACCUUAAAAGAAAAGUUUAUUAUUGUAAAAGUAACCAAAUUCAACUUCAAAAUCAAGAAAGUUUUAAUAAUAAGUUUUACCACUAGAUAAUUAUUUUUAAAAGCUACCAAAAUCUCCUGAAAAAUCAAAAACAUCUAGUCCUACAAAAACAAUUGUAAUAGGUAAAAUUUAAUUACCUUAACUUAAAGAAGAAAGAACAAAUUCUUUUAAAAUAAGACCAUUUUAAUUUUGA